UUUACGAGCCGGGCAUCAGGGGUUUCGGCGUCACCGAUAGUCUGCUAGAACGAGCAGGUUACCUGUGAGAUGUAUAAAUACGCCUCAACUCCUGUUCAUAUUCCUCAUUCCACUUCUCAUGGAUUCACUUUCAUUGCCGUCUUCACCUACGUUUACCACCUUUUCCCUCGAAAGCGAGGGAUCGCCUCCACUUUCGCCACUUUCUUCUCCUCGAUCAUCUGUUACUGACUUACCUCCCUCUCCUCUUCCUUUGCCGUUCUCCCUUCUUAGCAAACGUGAAUAUCUGCUUGCUCAGAUUCGACAAAAGGAUGCAAUUAUCGAGUCUUUGUUGAAACAGUUGCACAACCCUUAUCUUGCUACCCCGCUCUCAAUUGCCUCAUACAGAAUGGCGACGUCACCCUCUGACUCUGAGAACCGUAACGUCAUCGCUUGGCUCGACCGCCUUCAAUCAUCUUUCCAAAGUGCGGGAGGCAAGAUGGGCAACACGGCCUUCAAGCUUGAUGGGAGAUCCAAGGUCAACGAAGAAGAUGAGGAUUCUGACAGGGAGGAGACCAUGACUCAUGCCCAGAGAUUUGGGUUGGUCGACCGCGAUAGGGACACCGGAGGAACGGACAGUGACGAAGACCGUGAUGGGACUGACGAAGCGGGAGAAGACGGUGAUAAGAGCACUAGAAGACUGCAAUCCAAUUUGCCCGACUCUCACGUUCCGUUGGGGUUGAUCGCAAACUUGAGCUUGAGUAACAGCAACAAGAAAGUGGGAGGGAAAAAAGAUGGUGGGAUUACUGGUGCUGGUAUGGAGGAGUUGUACGACGAAGCCGACUUGGAUGAUGAUAAUGUGGGGGUGGCGAACGAGACGUAUUUUAUGCCAGGGCCAGCAACUGAUCUUGAUAUUCGUGCGACCUUAAUUGAGCAACACAGUCCUCCGGAAAUUCUUGUGCAUGGAUUGGUGACUCCAGACGAUGUAGAUCGUUUAUUUGAUAUCUUUUACAAGAAAGUUAACCCUUUUGUGUCCUUGUUGGACCCGGUACUGCACACACCGGCCUCAACAUUCGCAAGAUGUCCAUUUUUGUUCACCGUCAUUUGUGCGGUUUCGUCCAGAUAUUACCCUGAAAAAUCGGAGAUCUACCCUAUUGCUAUGCAUUUUGCGAAACACUCUGCCGCGAAUGCCCUUGUGGAUGGAUGGAAGUCUGUAGAGUUGUGUCAAGCCUACAUCCUCAUGAGCAUCUAUGCUGUACCCGCUCGGCGAUGGGAAGAAGACCGAAGUUGGCUUUACACGGGUCUGGCUAUUCGAAUCGCUACCGAUUUGAAUUUACAUAUGGUGCCGACGACAAAACCUCAUAAUGAAAAACAAGAGAGAGAAGUUUUGAAUAGGACGCGAGUGUGGAUGAUAUGUUUCAAUUUGGAUAGGUCGACUGCUACUCAAUUUGGAAAGCGGUCGACCAUUAAAGAGGAUUACAUUUUGCGGCACUCGGCGGACUGGUUCACAAAAUCACAAUACAACCUUGACUUUGAUGUACAUCUCUGUGCUCAUACCGCACUCUUGAAAAUUGUCGCCAAGUUCCAUGACGACAUCUUCUCGGAUACUAGCUCUCCUAGUGGGCUCAACAAGCGUAUUGACUUCCGAACAGUCACCUUGAAGCAUGAUGAAAAGCUCGUGCAAUUCGAGGAGGAAUGGACUAAACGCUUCAACGAGAAUCUAAAACCAGAUGACCGCGGAGCGGAAGUCCGUUGCAAUCUUCUUCCAUUCCUCGUUGCCUAUUCAAGGCUCGUGAUGUUCUCGUUUGGGUUCCAGCAAGCCUAUCAUCGCGGUGUUCAACCUGGGGAUAACAUCUUCUUGACAAAGUGCUUGGAGGCCGCAAAAGGUGUAAUUACUUGUCUAGUUGACACUCUGGCGCCAAGUGGUUACAUGCGUUAUGCGCCGGACGGUCAUUUUGUAUUUGCGUCUUUCGCAUCAGCGUUCCUCCUCAAGCUCUUACGGCCCGAGUUCAACGAUCUUCUUCCUAAGGAGGAGGGUCUCGAAAUCUAUCAGCUUAUAGGACGCCUGAUCCAGACAUUAAGUUCACCAUCGAUUGCCAUAGAUGACCGCCACACCCCAAAACUAUAUGCUCGUUUCCUCGCUGGUCUUCUCUCGCAUCACCGACGAGACGGAGCAACAGUGGGCCGCCUGCAACCACAACCUCCCCCCCAACAACAGGCUCAGGGGCGAGAUUAUACACGCCACACACCAGGUGUAUCCUCAUCGACCUCUUCAUCGUCGAUGCCAACAUUCUCGGUUUCUCCCUCCCCAACCGACGGAGGCCCAAGUUCAGGCUAUGCAGCUGGUGCUUAUAAUAAUGGUGCCAGUCAUACCAGCGAAGCUGCAGUAACAUCAACACCAAUCUAUCGACCAGAAAUCACUUAUACUGCAGGAGCUGGUCCUAUCCAACUUGACAUGGACACAGCUAUCAUGGACUUUGAAGGAAACGCAAGUUCAGAUGGCUCAGAGACAUUGGCGGCACUGCAGGCGCUUAAAAAUCCAAAUUGGUGGACGACUAUGAUGAUGCCUGGGUUCUCUUGGCCAGAUGGGUCUACACCUUCGAACUCUCCAACUCCUCCGAGCUAUCAACAACAAUCGAUGUACACUACCUACCAGCCAAAUCCGCCAUCCCCAGGUGCGAAUUACGGCAUAUUCCACGCGGCACCUCAACGGAUUCCACUUUCCGGAUAUUGAUCCGCGUGAUCCUGUGUUUUUCUCUUUUCAUAAAUGAAGUUGUUGUACAUUUCUCUGCUACAGCCUUUAGAAGUCGUAGCUGUGUUUGCUGUGUUUGUUGUGCUUGUAUCACUGCAUUGUCGGACUGUAUCAUUAUAGUGAUUCUAAACGUAAUAAGAAUAAGUCUUUCGGUUCGCG